CAACGAAUCUAGAGGUCGUAAAGUGUACUAGGGAUCAGCGAUGGCCGGCCCGCAGACGUCGCAAGUCUUGAUGCCUUGCAGCAAGCCUUGUGGAAACUCGGAGAUUGACACGAAAGAGAACGACAAAGGAAAGAUGCAGCGGAUUUCUCACAUUUCUCACAUUUCUCAUGGUCCGUUGGUGGAAAAGAUGCCUUUGCCAGGCUUUGUGAAGCGGGAGCUUCAUGAGCAAGGCAGAUGUGAGCCGUGCCUCUUCAUGCACAAAGCUAUGGGGUGUUGGUAUGGAGACGAUUGUCGCUAUUGCCAUUUCUGCACUCCAGAACAAAUGCAAAAGAAGCAGAGCCGAAGAUUCUACAUGGAAAGGGCUCUCCGAAAGGACCGAAAGGAGAAGAAGUUCGACCACGCACAAGGACAAGGCAUUGAAAGCAAGGUGAAAGUGUGGCUAUGAAGAAAGCUGUGACUGAGCCCAUGUGAGCUUCAGACCAGCGCUUGACAUCGGCAAUGUUCAUGAAACAACAGCCAUUUUGAUCCAUUUUGCUUGUUUUUGGCCCCAGGAAAUAGAAGUCGAGGCCCAGUUGUGGCAUGUUGCAAUUCGUUGCCAUUGGUUGCAAGACGUUUGCAAUUGAGGGUGGGCGCCCCUCAAACAGCACAUAGUGAUAUAGGUUGCCUGGAUGAUACAAAUCUUCAGGUCCGAACGUGGCAGGCGAAGGGCAUUGUUAGGGGAAGAUGUAAGCACAACAGAAUGCUUCCUGGAAGGUUUUUUCUUUGCCACGUGCCCUGCGCAGUUUCACAAGCAGCGUGCAUCGAGAAGACGCACGGAUUUGGCUGGUGCCCCAAUUUGACCAUCAUCGACAAACCCGGUCUGCCGGAUCUGCCGGUGCUUGUCUCUUCCAAUGAAGCCUUCAACUUGGCUCUACCUGACGCUCUAAAGAAUUCUAAAGAUCCAGUUGGCUUCAAUCAUAGAUCAUGC